AUGCAUUCUAUCAAUCUUUACCUUCUUCUUACACAUACCUUGAUCACGAGCCUCCUAGCUAACCCAGUCCCCGUCACCAACCACACCUCCACCCCCAACAACGCCCGACGAUCCUACUUCACCCCCGUCCGCGAACCCGAAAUGCACCCAGUUGAAUGCCACGACGAAGCCGAAUUCCGCGGCCACGCCGACAUUAAGCCCAAAUUCUUCUUCGAGGGCGUCUACAAGUUCUGCCAGGAGCGCUACGACACGACGCAGGUCCUCGACGCGAGUGACGACCCGACGAACCCCGCUUACCACGACGGCAACGGCCGCCUGGCCCGCAAUGCGAGCUGGCGGUACCGGGACUGGCACGGAGUCAACCACGACUUUAGAGUUUGGUGGGAGGCGGGCUGCAGGGUGACCGUCGGGAAACAGAGCGUGCGGCGCCCGUUGGGGGAGGAAGGGGGCCCCGUGUGGACGCCGGGGUGUUAUGAGAUCAUGGGGUCUACGCAUUAUGAGUGUGAGUUUUCUUUAUUUUGGGCACCCCCGAUUGUCGUGGCAAUAUGCGAUCUGGGUUCUUUGCCAAGGCGUGUAAAGGCAACGGCGGCGUUGGUGGAAGGAAGAAAGUCGGCUGCCUCAUUUACGAGUAUAAAGGGGGAAAGGGUGAUAAUGACGACCCGGCGUCUUGAUGAAGAGCCGAGCUUCAUAUUGCAGGACGACGGCCACGAUGAGCCAUGUGAACUUCCAAAGAUGGCUUGGUCUUAUGGACUCAUUGGACAGAUUAUCUGCGAGGAAAGGAUAUAG